AUGGGUGAAUACAUAAAAAUUUUUGUCUAUGGAACGCUAAAAAGAGGCUACCCUAACAACAUUUUCUUCAACAACUCAUCUCUAGGCUAUGCAAGGUUUAUUUGCAAAGGUAAAACCGAGGUAAAGUACCCACUCGUUGUGGCGACCAGGUGGAAACUACCAUUCCUACUUUUUGCCCCUGACAUUGGGAAAAAUAUAGAGGGAGAUAUUUACGAGAUAGACAACAAAUUCCUGAGCUGGUUGGAUGAUUUUGAAGGUCACCCAUUUGUGUACCAAAGACAACAAAUAUUCAUAACAUGCUCAUUGCAACCAUCAUCUCCAUCAUUCUGUCAAAAAAUUCCAUGCUGGGUAUACUUUUUAAUGAAGUUUCCGCCGAAAACCCUUGAAAAACCGCACCUAUCCUGGUACGAACAAGAAGAGAGGGAGGAGUAUGAUUUUAGGUCUGGAUUGGGUUUGGUUAGGUUGGUUCGUGGAUUGACUGAUUGGCAAAAUGAAUUAAUGAAAGAAAUGAUUGAUUGGUGA